CCUCCUUGACUUCAGUAGCUCCUCAGUUGCUUCAGCUCCUCGGUUGCUUCAGCUCCAUCAGAGGAACAUCAUGAAUGGAAACGCGAGUCCAGACUCCUUUAUCACUGACGACAGUGAGCUGAGGAUGGUGAUGGUGGGGAAGACCGGGACUGGGAAGAGCGCCACAGGAAACAGCAUCCUGGGGGAAAACUGCUUCCUGUCCAAGUGCAGCGCCAGCUCUCUGACGGUGAACUGCUCCAAAGGCAAAGCCGUGGUGGACGGGCAGCGGGUGUCCAUAAUCGACACCCCCGGCCUGUUUGACACCAGAUUUGGAGAAAAUAAAACUGUCAAAGAUCUAAGCCAGUGCAUCUCCUACGCUGCUCCUGGACCUCACAUCUUCCUGGUGGUCGUCUCUGUGGGCAGAUUCACUCAGGAGGAAAUAGAAACGGUGCAGAAGAUCCAGCAGAUCUUUGGGCAGGAUGCAGAUCGAUACAGCAUGGUAAUCUUCACCCACGGAGACUGCCUUGAAGAAACCAUAGAGGAGUUCCUGAAGGGAAGUCCAGAGCUCCAGGAGCUGGUCAGAAGAUGCAACGGUCAGUAUCACAUCUUCAACAACAAGCUGCAGAACAAGAAGCCUCAGGUCAGAGAGCUAAUGGAGAAGGUCAGAGUCAUCGUGCAGAAGAACGGAGGAAGCCACUACACCAACCAGAUGUUCCAGGGGGCGGAGAGAGCCAUCCAACAGAAACAACAACGAAUCCUGAAGGAGAAGGAGGAGCAAAUUCGCAAAGAAAAGGAGGAGAUGGAGAGAGGAAUUCAGGCGAGGCACCAAAGUCAGAUAGAGGAGAUGAACGCUGAGAGAGAGAGGAACCAGAGGAAGAUGCUGGAGAUGCAUGAGGAGAUAAAGAACAGCAGAGAUCUCUUGGAGGCAGAAGCAAAGAGAGGCAGGGAUCAGCUAGAGGAAAACAUGUCCGCCAAGCUGAGAAGCUUAGAGGAGGAAUAUGAAACACAACUGCAGCAAAUGAAGAAGGAGCUUCAGGCCAAGCAUGAAGAACAUGCCCGCAAAGAAGCUGAGGAUAGUAAUCCGUUUGCCUUAUUAUUAAAAGGUCUUGAAUACUUAGGAAAAGGGAUUACUUCCUUAUGCAGUUCUACAAAAUCCAGAACACCCCCCCCCCCAGGUUUGCUGAUGAGCCUCCCUUCAGAAGGAUGAGAUCAUCAGCUGAUCUCCAGAUCCUGAUGUUUGUUUCUGCUCUGACCCCCCAUCAGCUGCUGGAGCUGGAGCCGCUCUGAUGAGUCAGUGUGAUCGCUGCAUGAAUUCAUGUUUUUGUGGAGGUUUCUCCUCUUUACUUUCUGCUUGUUGUUCAUCAUUCUGCUGAGCUGCACCUCAAUAAAAGCUGAAAGAAUAAA